GUCUUUAAGCGGAACUAGCACUUAACUCGAUGUUUCAACGUUGCAACUUGGGCCCCAGGCUGAUGCUACUAUCACGUAAUAUAGAACGCACAACGAGUUCCCAAUAUUGUAACAAGCAGGCUACCUAAGUGUGACUCACGUAUCCAAUAGCUUGUAACCCGCUUUGUCCUAUUCCCUCAAGCUUAACGUUCAAAUAGUGUAGACGUUCUGCAGAACCUUCAAGCAGUCUACAGUUGGUGGUCAUGCCAGCGCAAUUUUACGCCGUGCGUAUUGGCCGCGAAGGCCCAAAAAUGUACUCGAACUUCUACGAUUUCCGGGCUACAACCCUUGGUCUUAGCGGUGCUAGCGGGAAGGGGUUCGACACAUUGGAGGAAGCAACAGCUUGGCUUACACUGACAGAUGUACCCACAUCUGGCGUGUCUGUAACUCAAACGACUACUAGUACCACAGUUACAUGGGAUGUAAGGUCUGAAAUCCAUCAUUCAGCCUUAACGUCUACGAGCACGACGGUUUCUUUUGAAUCUGCAAGACGCUAUCCAGAACCUCAACCCGGUUGUCAUUGGGUAGAGUACGAAUCGCCCUUGAAUACGCCACAGACGAUACCAAAUAGUGACAGACUUACGCCUCCUCCGCCAUACAUCCCCUUGCAAGAAGCCGAACUUCCCCCUCCGCUUCCCCCUCCACCAGAAAUUGAGUUGUCUGAAGAGCAGCAACGGGUUCUCCGACUCGUUGAAAGUGGCAAAAACAUAUUUUUCACAGGUCCAGCCGGAACCGGAAAAUCAGUUCUAUUGAGAGCAAUAAUAAAAUUGCUGCAAUAUAAGUUCGGCAUAGGGUUGGGCAAGGAAACUGUCGAGGUGUUGGUGGGUGCUCUAAGUUCAAAGACGGUCAAACGGUGGAUGGACACUCGUGCCCUUGUAAUCGAUGAAAUUUCGAUGCUGGACGGCCGUUUAUUUGACAAGCUCAGCUAGGUCGGAUUGUCCGAAAAAGCCAUCGCCCUUUUGGGGGUAUACAGCUUAUCCUAUCAGGCGAUUUCUUUCAGCUUCCACCUGUUCCCGAGCAAGAUUCCACGACGAUAAUACCUCCUACCUUUACUUUCGAUGCGCUAUCUUGGUCUCGAUGUGUUGACGAGCCAGUUGUACCGACAAAAGUUUUCCGCCAGAAGGACACUA